CUCGAUUCAAAUUAAACGGAAAAAGUCGUUAUCCUUGUGGCGACUGGCUGGGGUUAGCAGGGGAUGGAGAUUAUGAUUCAUUUCGAUUAUCGAUGUGCCCGCCAAAGAGCAACCAGCGCUCGCGCCAUGAAUGCCCGGUCGAAGGACGAGAUCCGAGAUAUUAUUCGCAAAGAUCUGCUGUUUAUUCACAAUCAUCGUGUUGAACUGUCGAGUCGUCUUGCCGAGACUCUUGCAGACAAUGUAUCCUAUGUGCAUGAGCUGUUCGCGCAUUUGUCACAACCAUCAUCCGGUCCGCUUGUGGCAAAAACGCCGAAGAUGCUGCGAAAGAAGACGGUCCAGCGUAUCGAAACCAUACUCGAGGAUGAAGUGUUUCAACAAGCAAACAUCUCGCCAACUAGUUCCCUUUAUUCUAUCAAUGAAGAGGAGCAAAAGGAAAAUGAAAUUGGAGGUAGAACCAAGAGAGGAGCAUCCAAAAAAGCAGAGGAUAAUAUCAAGAAACAAAGCUUCAUUCUGAAUAAUUCUGAAAAGAAAAUAAAGGGAGAAAGCCACAUUAAAAGGAAGAAAUACAACAUAAGCAGUUCUGAUGAAGAAAACGAGAGUGUUUCUAAGUACAGCAAAGUCGAAGAAAAUAUAACUGAGAUAAAUGGAACCACAAAAAGAGUGACAAGGAAGAACUCUAAACAGAUCAUUCAGCCUCCAAUUGAAAAAUCAAAAAUGACUGAUAGAGUGAGAAGCUCUAAGAAUUCUCAGAAUAGGGAAAUGAAUAAAGUCAAUGAUGCCAUUGUUGUACCUAGUAUAGAUGAUAUCGAAGAACCAUCUAUGUACGAAGAUGCGGUUGGAAGGCCUGUUCCAAUUAUGAAUUCAACUCUAAAGUAUAGUCUGUGUAUGUCCGAAAAGAGAUUGAAUGCUACUGUGAUUUUAGAGCGUUUACCAAAAUUAAAUGAAACAGUAGUGAUUCAAAAGGCAAUGAACAUAAAAAAUAGUAGUAGUUUGAAAGAAACAAAAAAUACUAAGAACGCACUGCCAAACAAUACACAACCAUGCAAAACACCUGCACAAUACGAUGAUUAUAAUGUAUUAAUUACAGACGAUGAAUCAUCGCCUGAAGUGAAAAAACCAAGGAAGCAACUUAAUAGGAAGCAGACUAAUAAAAAAGGGACAAAAGGUAUGUUAGCGAUAUCUAGCGAGGAUGAAAUCCCUAAUACACCAGUGAAAACCGUCAAAAACACAAAUGUGUCCACGGUCACACAAGAAAGUAAAACAUAUAAAUCGAAUGCCUUAUUUAGUCCUUAUGCAAAAGAAUCUGUGAAGAAACGAGUUGAAGCAUUUGAACAAGCGGUUAUGCAUAGCCCAAAGUCUGUUGACAUAGAUGCUCCAACCAGAAUAACUAGAACAAAAACUCGUGCAAUGGCCACUGCGGAAAUGCAAGCAGAAACGAAAACAACGGAGAGAAAUGUUGCGCAAAUAUUAGCUCGUAAGUCGCUCGCUAAAGCUAAGAAGAUCUCAUUAGCGAAACAGAAAAACAAUGAUGAAUUUAAAGAGAACAAAGAACAACUGCCAGAACGAAUUAAUAAAUUACUGACCCAAACUGAUAAACCAAAUGUAAAAAUGCAACAAUUAAAAACGACACCUUUAAACAAGACAAAAUUGAUGCAGCCUACACUGUCUCUUAAUCGUCUUCCUAUCUCUUCAAACACGCCAAAUCUUUCGAACUAUCCAAAAGUUUUAACCGCCUCGCGCGCCAAUAUCGUUAUUGGCAUGGAGUCUUUCAUUCAACCAUCGAAAACUAUUACAACUUCCAAUUCGGUAGAAAAGUUAGAGGAAAAGAGACGCCACGAGGAGGAUGCGAGAAAAAAGAAAGACGAAGCUUUGAGAUUACAGACGGAGGAGAAGAAAAGGAAGCGGCAAGAGAAGGAACUCAAGAACAAAUUAGCAAGAGAAGCUAAGGAGAAGCAAGAAUUAGAGAAACGGCAGAAAGCCGAGAAAGAAAGGGAAGAGAAGGCAAAAUUAGCUCAUUUGAUUCAAGAAAAGCAUCGCGAGGAAGCGGAGAAGAAGCGUCUUGCCCAAUUGCAACGAAUGCAGGAGAAGGAAGAACGUCGCAAAUUGGAAGAGCAACAGAGAUUGCAGAGGUUACAAGAACAAGAGGAAACGGAACGUUUGUUGGCCGAGCAAAGACGUCGAGAGCAAGAAGCUGAAAGACGUAGAGAAGCGGAAGCAAGGGCCCAACAAGCUGCUGCCGAAGCUUUGAAACAGAAAAAUCAGUUACUUGCGGCCCAAGCUAAACAUAAACAACAGACUAAUAAUAAGUACCAAGGUACUGUGAAUUACGUGUUAGAUAGUGAACCUGAUGAUGAUGAAUCAGAUGAUGAAAGCAAACCGAAGCAUGAGAUACCGUAUUGGGCGCAGGCGCACAUCCGCAAAGCACAACUCGCGAUGCAACAAUACAUUGAUCAAGAUAUAAUUUUUAAAUUCUUCGGUACUCGUAAGUGCACGCCAGAUUUGACUGAAUUAUUCCAUGGUAUAGAUAGAAAUCGAUUGAAGCGUACAUCCAGUGCAAUCUGGAAAACGCCACCGCGUAUUUCCAUGAUGAAACCCGAGUUUGUCGAAUGAAAAUUGCCUUUAAAAAAUUAAUAUCACACAAAAAUACUUAAGUGUGGAUAUAAUCAGAGGCAUUAAGUAUGAUAUUGUAUGCAUGUGAAAUGUAAUAAUGUUUAAGGCAAAUUGUUUUAAUUCAACAAACACGAAGUUGCGUUGUUCAUUGUUAUAUCCCAAUAUUCAUAGAAUGAUGAUG